AGAAAGAAGAAGAGAAAGAAAGUGACGAAAAUAUCCCGGAAAGUUGCUCUAUAAUUGGCGCAGUCUGUCAGAGCCCUAUUUUAUGUGCAUGAGCAGGGCAGGGCAGCCAUCUCAUCCCCACUGAAACCCAACACUUACAGGAGCAGUUCCUCGUCCCUCCCACCUCCCAGCAGAGGAGAGCAGACUCCAAAACACUCUGCUCCUCACUGCAGGAUUACUGCAUGUGUGUGUGUCAUCACACCUGUGUGUGACCUUACCUGGAGCUUUAUUUCAAGGAGGAUGCUGCUUUGAUACUUCAGGUGUCUGUGAGGUGUGUUUCAGGAGGAGGUUGAAGAAGAUCUUCUUGUUCCCACGAAUUGACAUCACAGGAGCAGCAAGUUGAUGAUCAUCGCAGCUUAGCAGGAAUAUCAGCAAACAACAGCGGAGAAGGAGAUGAAGUUUCGAAUUGGGCUCAGGAUCUCUUUGGUCCUAACCAUACUGGCUCUGACUGUUGAAGGACAAAGGGCAGGUUGCAAGAACGUCCACUAUGAUCUGGUAUUCAUUUUGGACACCUCUUCCAGUGUUGGCAAGGAAAACUUUGAGAAGAUCCGGCAGUGGGUGGCAAACCUGGUGGAAUCUUUUGAUGUAGGUGCAGAGAAGACACGUGUGGCCGUGGUUCGCUACAGCGACCGUCCUACCACUGAAUUCAACCUGGGCAGGUACAAAACCCUCGAGGAGGUCAAGCGUGCUGCUGGGAACAUCCGCUACUUGGGUGGGAACACCAAAACUGGAGAUGCCAUUAGCUUUACCACCAACAACAUCUUCACAGAAAGGGCAGGGGCGAGGCCUGCCAGUAAGGGCAUUCAAAAAGUGGCAAUCUUACUAACGGAUGGCAGGAGUCAAGAUUUUGUUUUGGAGCCAUCAACUGCUGCAGCGGCUGCUGGAAUCAGGUUGUUCGCUGUAGGGAUUGGGGAAGCACUGAGAGAAGAGCUCGAGGAGAUUGCAGCAGAGCCCAAAAGUGCUCAUGUGUUCCAUGUGACGGACUUUGAUGCCAUUGACAAGAUCAGGGGCAGGCUGAGGAGGAGACUCUGCGAGAAUGUCCUUUGUCCAAACAUGAAAGUCCAGGCAGGCCGUUUCCGGCCAAACAGCACCAGUGCUGGACUGACGGAGGUCCCAGGAUUUGAUUUGAUGGAGUACUUCAAUGUAAGAGAUUUUCUUGGAGAAAAAUUUGAGCCAGGUCAGACCCCCUAUGUCAGGCUUGGCACCAUGCCCAUCGUCCAAAAAACAGAAGAUGUGUUACCUCAGGGUCUGCCUGAAGAAUAUGCCUUUGUGACCACAUUUAAGUUCAGGAAGACCUCUCGUAAAGAAGACUGGUACCUGUGGCAGGUCUAUGACAAAUACGGCAUCCCACAGGUCUCCAUCCGUCUGGACGGGGAGAACAAGGCGGUGGAGUACAAUGCUGUGGGCCUGACAAAAGAUGCGGUCCGGGCCGUGUUUAAGAACCCAGAGGUGGAGAAUCUGUUUGACCGUAACUGGCAUAAGAUCGGCAUGAGGGUGGACUCCAAGUCUGUGUCCCUGUUCCUUGACUGCAAGCACAUUGAGACGCUGCCCAUAGAGGAAAGAGAAGACAUCGACAUCCAGGGAAAGACUGUCAUCGGCAAGAGACUGUAUGACAGCGUUCCCAUUGAUUUUGACCUCCAGAGGAUGGUGAUCUACUGUGAUGGCAAACAGUCUGAGCAAGAGACGUGUUGUGAUAUUCCCGGUGGCCCAUGUGAACAAUCUCUGGUGACUGAGCCCCCCCCACUCCCACUGCCCACCCCAAAACCAACAAGCGCUGAGCAGAAGAAACCAGCCGCGGUCAACUGCUCCUGUCCUGCAGGGGAAAGGGGAGAGACAGGUCUACCGGGUGUCACUGGGCCCAAGGGUGAAAAGGGGGAUCCUGGUCUUAAAGGGGCAGAAGGACCGCCAGGACCCAAAGGGCAGAAAGGAGAGCGUGCUAUCUCUAUCAAAGGUGAUAGAGGAGAGAAGGGUGACAGCGGCGAGCGCGGUGAACCUGGAGCUAGAGGAAUAAGAGGAGAUAGAGGAUCAGACGGUUUACCUGGUCUGGCUGGGAAAAAAGGCGAUAAAGGAGGGAGAGGUGAACAAGGAGUUGCAGGUGAAGCUGGGUUACCUGGACCUCUCGGACCAAAGGGUAUCCAGGGUGAUGCUGGUCCCCCCGGAGCACCAGGUCCUCAAGGGGUGUCUGGUGUUACUGGAGGUAAAGGAGACAAAGGAGCUUCUGGAGAAAGGGGUGAACCAGGUUUAGAUGGGUUUCCAGGGAAACCAGGUCUUCCAGGAAAAGACGGUCCUAGGGGGCUGAUUGGUGCUCCUGGUCCAAAUGGAGUAAAAGGAGAAAAGGGUGAACAAGGUCCUGCUGGAUUACCUGGCGAUGCGGUUCAGCUGGCAGGACUCAAGGGGGAGACUGGCAUCCCUGGUGAACGAGGACCCUCCGGAGCGGAAGGCCCACCUGGACCUCCUGGCCCACCUGGACCUCCAGGUUUGAUCGGUGUGCCGGGUGAGAACGGACAAAGGGGUAAAAAAGGUGAUGCAGGAUUGCCAGGAGUUGAUGGUCUUCCAGGACCACCUGGUCCUCAGGGGCCUCCUGGUCCUCCAGGCAUCCCUGGACAAACAGGACCUCCAGGAUUACCUGGUGAAAGAGGCUUCUCAGGAAAACCAGGAGAACCAGGAAAACCAGGCCUGCCAGGAAAAGAUGGAUUGGAUGGUUUCCCUGGAAACGAUGGCGAGAAGGGGCAAAGAGGAGAACCCGGACAGGACGGCUUCCCUGGUAAACCAGGACCGAAGGGAGAUGAAGGCCCUCCAGGACCACGAGGACCUCCUGGUGAACGGGGAGAGCUUGGUUUGCCCGGAGAGGUCGGCUCAAUAGGACCCAAAGGAGAGAGAGGAAGCCAAGGAGAGAGCGGAAAAGAUGGACCUACUGGCUCGAAAGGAGAGAAAGGAGACAAGGGUGAGAUUGGCCCCAGGGGUCCAGCCGGGGUCCCAGGCAAUGUGGCCAAUGUGAUUCCUGAACCUGGUGAACCGGGUAAGCCAGGAGAGAAGGGAGAGAAAGGAGAUCAAGGAAAACCGGGCGAGAUGGGUCAGAGAGGACUUCCUGGAGAGCAGGGAUUCAGAGGACAAGCAGGACCAGCGGGCCCUAAGGGUGAUUCUGGUGAAAAAGGAGAGGAAGGGAGACACGGAGACCCGGGUCCUCCCGGAUUGACAGGCCCUCAGGGGCUCCGAGGGCUGCCAGGCAAUGUGGGUAUUCCAGGUAGCAUCGGUCCACCUGGUAUUGCUGGACAGAGAGGAGAGAAGGGAGAUGCUGGUAAAGAUGGUCCCCCUGGGCCCCCUGGUCCAACCGGUGAGCCUGGUUUAAGAGGAGAAAUUGGUUUGCCAGGAAAAGGCAAAGAGGGACCAAAGGGUGAUUCAGGACCUCCGGGUCCAUCAGGACCUCCUGGACUGAAGGGUUUACCUGGUCCACAGGGAAUGCAGGGGAUGCCAGGAAAUAGAGGACCACCGGGAGAGGGAACCACUGGACCCGAUGGGCCUCCCGGACCUGCAGGGCCACCAGGACCAGCGGGUUUGAGAGGACCUCCAGGAGUGAGCGGACCACAGGGACCCACUGGACACAAUGGUUUACCAGGAAGACCUGGAGAGAAGGGCUCCCCUGGAGAACCAGGAAAAGCUGCAGACAUUUCUGAUCUGAACCUGAAGGACAUUUGUUCAGAUUGUCCCCCUGGACCAGCUGGACAACCGGGUGUGCCAGGACCUCCAGGUGAAAAUGGUCAUACUGGACCACCUGGGAAAAAUGGACAGGAUGGAUAUGCGGGUCCUCCUGGGCCAACAGGGCCUGCAGGACCACCUGGUGCUGAUGGAGCCAAGGGGCUCAAAGGAGACAGAGGUCCUUCAGGAGCACCUGGAGAUAAAGGUGAAAAGGGCCCCCCAGGGCCUCCUGGUUAUCCAGGGGCCGCAGGAAAUAUGGGUCAGCCUGGUAAUGAUGGAAACCCUGGCCCUAUCGGACCACCUGGAGCUCCUGGAGAAAAGGGUAAAGAUGGACUUCAGGGUAUUCAGGGACCACCUGGUCUUCCAGGUCUAAUGGGCCUGAUGGGUAAACCCGGAAAGGAUGGAAGACCAGGAGAAACAGGAGAGCCGGGCAAACAGGGAGAGCCAGGAGAACCAGGAAGAGAUGGGCUCAGAGGAAUGCCUGGUUUCAAAGGUCACAGAGGGGAACCAGGACCACCAGGGUCAAAGGGUGAAGAUGGCAAACAGGGUGUUCCUGGACGUGAGGGUCCACAUGGGAAAGAUGGUAAGACCGGACCACCGGGGCCAGAGGGCAUGAGAGGACCACGAGGGGAACCCGGUCAGCCUGGAGAACCUGGACAAACAGGCAAGCCUGGAUCUCAAGGAAUUCCUGGUCAACUAGGACACAAAGGUGAAACAGGGAGUCCAGGAUUACCAGGCUUCCCAGGUCCAAAAGGGCCAUCGGGUCCGUCUGGUCCAAUUGGCCCAGAGGGCAAACAAGGCAUGUCAGGAAAACCAGGAGACAGAGGACAGAAGGGAGAAAAGGGUGAUAAUGGAAUAAAAGGAGACAAAGGACCCGUUGGUGAUCCGGGCAUUCCCGGUAACCCUGGGCCUCCCGGCAGGAAGGGUCACACAGGAAUGAUGGGCAUGUCGGGUCCCCCAGGGGAAGUGGGUCCCUCUGGGCCCCCUGGUUCUCCAGGACAGCCGGGUCUCCCAGGUCUCAGAGGUGAGACGCCAUCACUGGAACAAAUGCGGCGGCUCAUUCAAGAAGAACUCUCCAAACAGUUGGAUGCUAAGUUAGCUUACCUCAUGGCUCAAAUGCAGCCUGCGCAUAUCAAGAGCUCAGCGGGCCGCCCUGGUCCACCUGGUCCGGCAGGUAAAGAUGGACCUCCUGGCCGACAAGGUCCACCUGGAGAACCUGGAAUACCUGGACAGAAUGGAGCAGAAGGACCCAGAGGUCCAGUUGGUCCUAAAGGUGAACGAGGUGCAAGAGGUGAAAAGGGAGAGGAUGGUGUUGGACAGAGAGGAGAACCUGGUCCAACUGGUCCCAUGGGUCCUGCAGGGAUGCCGGGAUAUGGAAAAGACGGUCUUCCUGGAGCCGCAGGCGCUCAGGGAGAGCCUGGUAAUCCUGGUCCUCACGGUCAGCCCGGACCUUCUGGACCGCCAGGGCAGUGUGACCCCUCACAAUGUGCCUACUACGCCAGUCUGGCAUCAAGACCUCACACCAAAAACGUCAAGGGGACUUAAUGCACUCACUGUCCUGGGCUAACACCUAUUUAUGAACUUGGACAUUCAGUAAGCCAAGAACAUGUUCUUUAACAUCAGGAGAACUACAGAGUCUGAGGGGUGAGUGAAUGUGUGUGUGUUUAUACGUGUGUUUGUCAUAGGCUUUACACUACAGCCAAUGUGUUCUUGAACCCUGAGUUUAGGCCACUUUUAAUCCUGGGUUAAGCAACGUUUCACACUUUAGGUUUUGAAAGGGUGUUGGCAUGUAGCAUUAGCACUUUCAGCUCCGGGUUAUGAAGUCUAGCUCGAGCAGGAAUUGUUUAGCAAGAUAUUAAUCAUAACAUAUAUAUACAAGAAACACAAAAACUCUACAGUCAGGGAAAAUUAUAAUUCUCUUUUUUUGCCCUUUGAAAAAUUCUAGAAAAUUUAUGUAAUAGAGACUUACAUAAUAUAUAUCAGAAAUAUAAUGGAAUUUUUUACAGUGAAUAUACAUUUUCAUAAUAAAUUUUGAGUCAUUAAAUGCUGAAUUAUUUUUCAAAUAUUUUCUCAAUGAAUCAGUUCACCAAUCGUUCGAAGUUAUUUAAAAUUAAGUUUAAAUUAAAUGAGUGAAAAUCCUUAUCCAUUAUUAAUAAAUACAGUAGCUUAAAAAAUAACUCAAAAGUCACUGAAAUUAAUUUCUAUAAAAAAAUAGUUUCAUUGUCUGAAAGAUGGCUAAACGUUAAAUAGAGACAAAAAAAUGUUUGAUAAUGAAAUAAUGUUGAGUAGUGUGCUUGCCCAAUCAAUGUAUUUAACCUCACAUAUAUGCUAAUAAGAAUGUUAACCAUUCUACAUUCUUUAAUAAUGUAGAAUGUGACCUCUACAAACUGAUUAGCCAGAAUUGAUUUCUAACCCACUAUAGUGUGAAUCUUACUAACCCAGGGUUAAAAAUGGCCCGUGGUUAACAGUUUAAAGUGUGAAAAGCCCUCUAGUGUCCUGCCGGUCAGAGUUGGUUAUUUCUUUUUGUUAAAGGAGGGGUGGGUUAAAGCUCAACAUCAAGGUCAUUUACUUCAAGUCAAGACUUUUUGAGGCUUUCCGUGUAACAGGAUGAGAAUUCCUGUUACGAAAGAAAGACAUUUAGUUCUCCGAUGGUGAUUUCAUGAUGACACAAUUGUGCCGCCCACUCUCAAGUUCUGCUGACGGCGUUUACUGAGGUCAUUAAUCAGUAAUCACAGAGUCGAUCUAUUCUUAGUGAUGUCUGUAGCAGGUCAGGAAGUCUGGGCAAUUCUCUACUUGAGUUUUACUGAUGAAGCGCUCCGUUGCUCUGGGAGAACACAGCGGGACACUUUUCCACUCAUCAAUAGGAAAUAAGGAUCAUUAGAGGUGAUGGAGAAAUGCAUUUCUGCUCUUUUUAGUCUACGUUUUGUAAGAUAUAUCUCAUUUGUAGCCAUGCAUUUGGUAAAUAACUUUUACGUUUUGGAUCAUUUAAUUCGUGUAUGUGAUGACUGAAAAGCAGCUGCUCAGUUCAGUGCCUGCUUGAUAGUUUAACACGGCUGGUUUGUCAUAAAGGCUGUCACUGCAUAAAUACACAUGACUGAUGCUUCUUAUAAUGCAUUUGUUAUAGUUUUGUGCAGCACUUCUCUUCAAAACACCAUUUCAUUGGUUAUCAUGGAAGUUCCGGAACACAAAGUCCUAGUUAAAGCAGUACUACAGUAUCAUUUGUGUCACUGAAGCGCUCAGAUGGAUCGAUCCUGCAGAUUGCUCCACUGUGAGCCAAUUAAAGCCAUUGAAAGAGGAGAGAACUCUCUUCAGCCAACAAACGGAUGCAAUUCAUCUUUAAGGGACGGGCAUUGUAGCAUCAGUGAGGUCAAGAAUAGAUUUUAUCAGAACAUUGUAGUUGUUUUUGAGAUCACUUGACAGAAAUUGUAAUAUCCAAAAGAAACAAGAUUGACUUUUUAGUCUUAUUGCCUAAAUGUUAGUUUUUUUUCCCCCAAUCCUUUGUUUUCCUUUUCAGUAUUAUUGCACAAGUACUAUAUAAUUUUUUUUUUUGAAUGAAAUAGCUUUGACCUCUUCUUUGUAGGGCUUAAUUUUUUUUUUUUUUUUUUUUGCAAAAGCUAACGCUCUUUUAAUAUUAUUUUAUUUUAUUUAUUUUAUUAUUUUAAAAAUAUUUUUUAAUUUUUUUUUUUCCACACUAACCUGACAGAUAGGUGUCCCUGUGAAAGGGAGUGAUCUGCUUUUUUUUUUUUUUUUUUUUUUUUCAGACAAUCAGAAAGUUACUUUCCCCAUCAUUUUGCAUGCUCUGUCUUUGAAGGGGGAGGUUUUAAAAAAGAUAGCUCACGUGUGGAAUUUAGCAAAAUGGCUGAAAUAACUUACAGCAUCAUUAGUGGAUAAGAAUGAUUUGAAUAUGUUGAUUACUUAUAUUUUAAUGCAAAACCAGAUGUGAUACUGUAUAGAUUUGUUGUUUACCUUCUAAUUAAGUGACCAUGAUAAAGCUCUUAGUAAUGAGUAUUAUAUAAACACUUCAUUUUUUUUUUUUGUCCAUCUAUGCCCUGCCUUGAAGAAUCACAUUCGAGGGAUGAUGUUUUAAUGAUGUAUUUUGAAAAGCUGAGCUUAUUACUGAUGCAAAUUUCUGUAAAUGAAUGGUGCUAUUUUUUUGAUGCAGGCCAGAGAAAUACUUGCUAUCAGCUUUGCUAUCAUGUUCUCCUCCACUUUAUUCAAAUAUAGUUGCUUUUUGACUUCGUAUCAUCCUGUUAGUUUGGCUUCUUCAAGCCGAUAAUGACUGUAUUUGUUUUCCAUAUCAAUUUGCAUUAAAUUAUUCUAAUGAA